CCACGAUUAAUUUGUAUGCACGUAUUCGUAUUUCAUCAGUUGUAUUAAUGCUGCCAGAGAAGCCGCACAUAUCUGCGAUAAAAAAAAUAACAAAGCGGAUUAUUUAUAAUUCGGUAGACACAAUCAUUUUGUGAGUUCUUUGUGAUAAUUUUGGCGCCCAAAGUUCAGUGUUAUCGGUACGCUGGGAUUAAAUCCGUCCUUGUGUAAAUUGUGGCAUUCAUUAAUAAGAGUUUUAUCUCGCCCGUCUCGGGUACUACAAACUGGCGGCGGCAGCGCAGGUCGACGAGCAGCGCACGCGCAACGGAGUACAUCUUCCACACUCCAGAGACAUAAGGAGCAAAUCGUUACCCAUGGACACUGAGAGCUUGGUGCUAUGGCGACGGCCGCUGGCAACACUGGACUAUUUCUUCAGGGAACUAUUUAUAUUGAUCUCAACAGGUUUACAAAGAUUAUUAGCAUACAAGUUACUAGCAUUAGGCAUAAUAUCGUUAGUGCUCGGAAUAGCUGUAUCAUAUUAUAUUAAUGGUCCACACCAAGUCUACGUACAGCUUGUGAUAUCAACAUUAAUGUGGUGGGGAUGGUGGAUAGUGUUAGGCGUUUGCAGUUCAGUUGGCUUAGGUACUGGACUGCACACAUUCCUGUUGUACUUGGGACCGCAUAUCGCGCGUGUCACUCUAGCCGCAUAUGAAUGCGGUGGGCUCAAUUUCCCCGAGCCACCGUAUCCUAAUGAUAUAAUCUGUCCCACCGAGAUAGACCCUAACAAUGCGGUGUCGAUAUGGAACAUAAUGUCCAAAGUACGCGUCGAGUCAAUGAUGUGGGGUAUCGGUACCGCACUGGGUGAACUACCACCAUACUUUAUGGCGCGAGCGGCCAGAUUAUCAGGGGGUGGUGUGGCAGAGUUAUCCACCAACGAUGACUCCAAAACUGGCAGGGCGAAAGUUAUGGUGCAAAAGUUGGUGCAACGCGUCGGCUUCGCGGGUAUUUUAGCUUGCGCUUCAAUACCAAAUCCGCUGUUCGAUUUGGCCGGACUUACUUGUGGUCACUUCCUCGUACCAUUUUGGACAUUCUUCGGUGCCACUCUACUGGGCAAGGCUGUCAUCAAGAUGCAUAUACAGAAGGUGUUUGUUAUCGUAGCCUUCAACGAAACAUUGGUUGGACAAGCCCUUUCAUGGGUGGAAAGGAUACCAUAUAUCGGGCCGAAACUCGAAGCGCCAUUACUGGAAUUUCUGCGAAAUCAAAAGGCCCGUUUGCACAAAAACGAUGGAAAAUCAUUACCUGAGAACCAAGGAUCUGUGCUGUCUAGUCUCCUGGAGAAAUUUGUGUUAGCGAUGGUCGUUUACUUCGUGGUGUCUAUAGUGAAUGCGCUCGCUCAGAAUUAUAGCAAACGCGUCGGUAAGAAGAAGGGCAAGAAGAGGGAAUAGGGUUUGAGGGCGCCGGGCGAUGCUUGCGGUGGACUCGCGCGGCGACGAAAUGCAACGGAAAAAGUGCGACGGCGUCGGUAGUAUCAAUAUUCGGGAUCGUUCAAACUAUAUACAGAGUCUAGAACGACCGUUACUAACGGCUCACCGGACUUAUAGUGGCGCUGUGACGUAAUAAAUCUAUUUAAUACUGUGACCAAUUCGAUAAUCACCGUACCAAUGCCGUAUGCUGUACCGUCAACAUAAAAACCAUCACGUGAGUCGCUAGAAUAGCCUUAAGUGAAUACUAGAAUUUAAAGAAUUAAUUUAUUCUGGUGAAUUUGACUGAAGACCUCAUGUUGCAUAUAAUAUGAUUUCAAUUUGAGUGGAGUAUGUUAUUCCUUUAAUACAUGUACAAACAAACAAUAUUCACGGAAUUUUAGUUUUUUCUUAAAACUAUAAAAAUAUUUUUUUAACUUAAUUAACGUAAUACAAAUAACAUGUGACGAAUAAACAGUGAUCAGAGUAGGUAGAUUGAAUUGGGAUCAUUGGCCGGGAACAUACACAUUAUUAUAUGGACAUUCCUUGCUGAUUUAUUGAUGGUGUUUAUUUUUUUCAAAACAUACGUAAUAUACAUAUACAUAGGUGUAUAAAAAUAGAAGUUAUAGUCAAAAAAGGUUUCGAUUUUAAAGCAUAAAAUUGGAUCCAACAGCAAUAGAUUGAAUAAAUUUAAAUAGUUUCCAGAAAAAUGUCUUAUCCAUAUUAUUCUUUCCAUGCGCAUUAUCAUUAUAAGUACUAAAAUCUACAAACUCUGAUUACUUAGAAAUAACCACAUUUAUUUUUAAGUAAACAUAAACUAAAACUUCAGUUCCUGAUACCAUCUAAAUUUUUAUAGUCAUUUGAUUCGAUCCUUCUUUUUUGUUGAUACAGUCUCAAAGUGAGGUACUCCAUUAUAGUUGGAUUUAUAAAGUCUGCAACUUAAUUAGCACAUUAGACUUCAGGUUUGAACGCUGAAUAUAUUCUACAAUUAAGUUAUACAUAAUAGUCGAGCAAGGUAUACAGCAAGGCAGGAACAUAUACAUCUCUGUUGCAAUUAUAAACCUUCAUGUGAACACAUUGAGAAAGUUUUGAUCAUAUUGAUACACAUUAGUGAAAGGUGUAAAAUUAUGUCAUUAUUGCUUAAUAUAUUAGUAAUUUGUAUUUAUUAUGAAUUUUGAUUAAAGGAAGGUAUUGCACUGGCAUGCUUAAUCACUGCAAAGAUUAAUCAUCUAAAGUAUUUUAACAUGGGCCACUCACAUAAUAUUGUGACUUUAAAUUACUAAGAUAAGCUUAGUAUUACCUUACUACUUCAGGUUAGGGUCAUGCGGGUUCCAAUUUUCUACAUUUGGAAGUGUAACUGCUGCAUUGUACAGAAGGUUGGGUUAAUCAUAGUUUAAUUUAUCUGAUCUGUUUUAAUCCGUACGCUGUUGAUAAUAAAGAUCAAAAUUGAUUGCAGAAAUUUGUAACUUAACAUUGACUGUACAUCACUCAAAAGUCAGAAAACCUACAGCCUACAAGCCUCCCUCUCGCAAACCGUGUAUUAAAUAUUGUGGCACAUAAAAAUUGUUG